AUCAGCGGGGCCACCGGGCUUUAUCAGCCGCUGUCCGGGCAGUAUGGCUGCUCUCCCUGACCCAGGCCUCCGCCGAUACCCGUGGAUAAGUAGCUGCAGCGGCCGACACGGGAACUCUGUCUCCGGCUGUGAUAAUGGCCAGGACUGGUUUCUGCGACUCCAAGCCCCUGCUGGACUUACACAAGAAGGCGGAUGAGAGGCGAGCCCCAUUAAGAACGUGGGCUAAUGCCUGUGGGCCUAUAGAUCGCUGGCAGCCUGUAGAAGUAGACGAGUCCAGGAUGGCCCCUGUCAAAAUGGAGACAGAAUGCAGAUGGGAGAGGAGGUUAUCGACGCAGACAAGUGAAGACAUUAUCAUGGGGUUCCAUGAAGAUAGUCGAACAUGCUCCGCUGCAGAUGGGCAUAUAGAGGAGCCUGUGCUGCUUCACCCUCUCGGGCUGCAGGGUCUUCACAGCCUACAGGCACUGGUGCCCAGCUUGCUGCGCCAUGAAGUGGAGAUGGCCCUGGAGAAGCUGGACCUCAUAUGGGACCGGACAUUUGCCUGGGACAUGUUCUUGGAUAUGAUGAGGACUCAGACACAAAACUCUUUUCCCAACGCUGACCUGCCCCGACAUUUCACUGAUGCCACUCGUGCUAUCCUGAUGGACUGGCUCAUUCAAGUUCAUGAGAUCAUGCAUUUUCAGGCAGAGACCCUCUACCUGGCCGUACACCUCCUCAACCGCUCCCUGCGUCAGAUCAAGGUAGCCACCGCCAACCUGCAGCUCCUCGGCAUGGUCUGCCUCUUCCUCGCUGCAAAGAAGGAAGAAUGUCUUCUCCCUGAGGUGUCUGGACUCUGCUACUUGAUGGACCACACUUACACUAAACAUCAGCUGCUACGAAUGGAGCGUAAAGUCCUCUGUACACUCAAGUUUGACUUGUCCUACUGUCCCCCUCUGCAUUUCCUCGUCCUCCUUGCCUCUGUUGCUCGCUGCAGCUCUAAGGUGGUGUGGAUGGCGCGUUAUCUUCUGGAGCUGUCUCUGCUGGAGGGCCAGUGUGUGGUGUUUCUGCCCGUGCAGCUGGCAGGAGCGGCCCUCUGCUUGUCCCGCCAAGUUCUGCAGGAGCCCCUGACACCAGAAGGGGAGGCUGCCUGGUGUCUGGCCUCCAGCAUUCAUGUGGGCAGUGAGACCGACUUGCUGAGGAUCAUGCACAUUCUGGCCACUGCGGCAGCCAAGGCCCACACCCGAGACACCUGUGCCAGUUUUAUUAAAUUCUCCUCCCCAGAGACCAUGCAUGUCAGCAGACACCCAGGUCUAAAGAACGCCUCUGCUCUGCUGGGCAUAUGCACAUGACAUUCCCAACUCCCAGGAACUCAAUUAUAUCCCGAAGCUUCAAUGUAGAGAUACUAGAGCGACAUCGCUCGAGGACUGUACUCCUGUAAGGCUGUAUAUUAUUUGCUAUGGAUCCUGAGGAGUUGUCACGGAAAUGGUGAGGAAGGAGUGUGAAAGAUUUGAUGCUGAACAUUGUUUGAUAAAGAAUUGCAUGCAUUUUGAAUGUUUGUGAUUUAGCCAACUCAGUGGCAUACCUGUUUUAUGAUCUUAUCUUGCAGCCAACUUAGAAAAUAUUUGAAUUGUAUUGAUGUGUCCUUGUCUUGUCAUUUGUGAAGAGGAUGUCAAGUUAUUUCUAAAGUUUUAAUGUAAAAAUAAAGUGUCUGCUGCAAUAA